AUUUGUUAUUUAAUAUUCUUUUCCAGCUUGAGUUUGAGAGGAAAAGGCUGCAAGCUCGUGGUACCAGUCAGUGAUGACCUGACCUUCACAUUGCUGCCUCUGGCACUUUUACUCUUGGUACGAUGGAGGAAAGGGUAGGAAAGGGUUGGAGCUGGUUGUUGAGUUAAUUUACAAAAUAGUCAGUUAUCAGCUGCUCGUGUCAGGUGCAAUUACUGAUUUGCAAAACAAACCUUUACCUCUUGGAUAAUAUGUAAUGUCACAUCUGUAUGCACCAUAAUCUAUCUGGUAUCUUAUGCAGCUUGCCCUGCUACUUACUGUUAAGCAAUUUUGGUUUUGGGAAUCUGUUGCAGAUAUUACAAUUACUUCUUUAUUGAAGAAUUAUAUGAAAGUAGAGUUUCUUGUGGAAACUCAAUGUAUAUAUUAAUGCAUCAAGAGGGAUCAUAGGGGAAAAACAACAGAGAGACUGCUAGUAUUGGAAUGCCAUAGGUGAAUCUCUUUUAUGUCUUCCUUUUCAACUUAAAAAUGUUGAGUCAUUAGAAUUUCUACCUUAUGUGCUACGCUCCUCCAUUUUAGGAGUGAUUAGGAGACAGAGCACUGGUUAAGAGUGUGAAAGGGGGGAACUUGUUGAUCAAAAAAAGGGCUUUGAAAUUUGCAAAAGGGGAGAUUACCCCAUUUUUGAGUUUUAAUUAACGACCCAACUGGGUAAGAGUGUGAAAGGUCAGAGGAGGGAACUUGUUGAUUUGGGUUUGCAUUAUUCAUCCUGAUUUCAUCUAAAUUAACCUUUCUUUUUUGGCUUCUUUUACUUUACUUAAACAAAUUUAGUGUAUGGCAGGAUGAGCAGAAAUGGCAUUGAUAAAGGCUUCAGAGUAGACUAUUCUGUAAAAAAUAGCAUUAGAAAAUCAAAAGAAAUCAUUAGAAGAGAGAUUCCUUUUAGUAACUGAGAGAGGAAUUCUGGUUUCCAUCUUCCUCUUUUUGCCUUUUUUCCUCUUCACGCCCUUCACAUUAUCUCCCUUGCUUAUGUAUUUCUGGCUCUCCAAGUGGGGGGUUUUUUGGGUUUAAGGAUAAUACCACAUUUUCUGCUCCCUUUUCAAAUUUAUUUGCUUUUCUUUUGUUGCUUCAGUGGUGUAAUGAUGCUUUGGUGAGACAAGAGUGGAGAGUUCUUUCACAGAAAUGCUCAUCUUCUUUUUAACUUCUCUGCGGUGUUUUCCAUUGUCAUUUUAGUUCUUUUGAAGUUUGAUUACUUUGGUUUCUAUCAUCCCCAAAAACCUUUUUGGUUUCGGUUUAGCUUAACUAGUCCUGGAAGUUGUUGUUGAGAAUAUUUGGACAUCUGCGUUUUGAGAAAUUGGAAAACUUGGGAUUCCUUUUGAGAUUUGGGGGUGUUUCCCGUGUGAAGAUUAACUACGAAGUUUAAAGGAGGUUCCUUAGAGGUUUGAGCAGAAGAUGGCUGGUGGAGGACACGCACCACCCCCAAAGCAAGAGGAGCUGCAGCCUCAUCCAGUAAAGGAGCAACUGCCCAACAUUUCUUUUUGCAUAACCAGCCCUCCUUCUUGGCCUGAGGCUAUAUUACUGGGUUUCCAACAUUACUUGGUGAUGCUUGGCACAACUGUUCUCAUACCCAGCUCGCUAGUUCCCCAGAUGGGAGGAGGAAAUCAAGAGAAAGCAGAGAUGAUUCAAACAAUACUUUUCGUGGCUGGAUUAAACACUUUCUUUCAAACAAUGUUUGGCACCCGUCUGCCUGCGGUAAUUGGAGGUUCAUAUACCUAUGUGCCAACAACCAUUUCAAUCAUCAUGGCAGCUCGAUACAGUGAUAUUGCUGAUCCUCGGGAGAGAUUUGAGAAAAUAAUUCGAGGGACCCAGGGUCCACUGAUUGUUGCCUCAACACUUCAAAUUGUCCUUGGCUUUAGUGGCCUUUGGCGUAAUGUUGCAAGGUUCUUAAGUCCACUGUCUGCUGUUCCGUUGGUUGCUCUAUCUGGCUUUGGGCUCUAUGAACUUGGUUUUCCUGUGCUUGCAAAAUGCAUAGAGAUUGGGCUGCCACAAAUCAUCCUUUUGCUCAUUUUUUCACAGUAUAUACCUACUCUUAUAAAUUGGGAGAGGCAUGUAUUUGAUCGUUUUGCUGUUAUAUUCUCGGUGGUGAUUGUGUGGAUUUAUGCUCACCUGCUUACUGUCAGUGGAGCAUAUAAGAACACAGGACCUAAAACUCAGAUAAGCUGUAGAACUGAUCGUGCUGGUAUCAUAAGUGCUGCUCCCUGGAUAAGAGUUCCAUAUCCUUUUCAAUGGGGAGCACCAACAUUUGAUGCUGGAGAGUGUUUUGCAAUGAUGGCUGCCUCUUUUGUUGCUCUCGUUGAGUCCACAGGUGCCUUCAUUGCUGUGUCAAGGUAUGCAAGUGCAACACCCCUUCCGCCUUCUAUUCUCAGCCGUGGUGUUGGUUGGCAGGGAGUUGGCAUUCUCUUAUCAGGAAUAUUUGGGACUGGCAUUGGAUCAUCGGUCUCUGUGGAGAAUGCUGGGCUGUUAGCAUUGACACGCGUUGGCAGUCGAAGGGUUGUCCAGAUAUCUGCUGGGUUCAUGAUCUUCUUCUCCAUUCUUGGGAAAUUUGGAGCUGUUUUUGCUUCAAUUCCAGCUCCAAUUGUUGCAGCUCUGUACUGUCUUUUCUUUGCUUAUGUGGGUUCAGCAGGGCUGAGUUUGCUUCAGUUCUGCAAUUUAAACAGCUUCCGAACAAAGUUCAUAAUGGGUUUCUCUAUUUUCAUGGGCUUAUCUAUACCACAAUACUUCAAUGAGUACACAGCUGUCAAGGGCUAUGGUCCAGUCCAUACCGGUGCAAGAUGGUUCAAUGAUAUGAUCAAUGUUCCUUUCUCCUCCGAAGCAUUUGUUGCUGGCGUGUUGGCAUUUUUUCUCGAUGUCAGUCUGCGUCAGAAGAACAAUGCCGCAAGGAAGGAUCGUGGCAUGCACUGGUGGGACAGGUUCCGGUCAUUCAAAACCGACACAAGAAGUGAGGAAUUCUACUCCCUGCCCUUCAACCUCAACAAGUUCUUUCCAUCAGUGUGAUCCUCAGAUGCAGUUUUGAAGCUCAAGUCAUGAAGUCAUGCCGCCCCAAUACCUCAUUGCGGGGACUAAUAUAGUAGAAAAGAAGGAUCUUGCUCUUUUUUAUCAUCACAAAUAUCAACUCAACUCCAUAUAUGUAUUUAAUGGUGAUACAUAAUGACAGUAUUUCUUCUGGCUGUGAUAUGAAUCUGAAAAUGUUGUCCGAAAUGGUAUCGAAGUUUUG